AUGUUUCCAAAACCUCAGUACCAGUAUUUGUCGAGAUUCAACAGCAGCAAUUAUUCACAAGCUGUUGAGUGUCAGAACGGAUGGGUUUACGACAACAGUACUUUCAAAUCUACUAUAGCCACAGAGUGGGACCUGGUGUGCAGCCGAAAAGGAAUGAACAAAGCCACGGCUACUUUCUUUUUCGUUGGGGUGAUGUGUGGAGCUCCAUUAUUUGGAUAUCUGAGCGACAGGUUUUUCACUGGAAUGUCCCUGGCUGGAAUAAGUAUCAUUUCUAUCGUUCUGAACGUGGAGUGGUUUGGGAUAGAGCACAGGACUUUCUCAGGUAUCAUCAUCAGUUUGGAUUGGACCAUUGGAAACUGGCUCCUGGUGUUGAUGGCCUACCUGGUGACCGAGUGGAGAACGCUCAUUCUGGUGGUGUCUUCACCGCUGCUCCUGGCUGUGAUUGCAUGGAGGUGGCUUCCUGAGUCUGCUCGAUGGUUGAUGGCGAACGGGAAGACUGACGAGGCCUAUUAUUAUUUAAAGAAAUGUGCUGAGAUGAACAACAGAGCCAAAUGCUUGUCUACACUAACACCAGAGGCAUUAUUAGAAGUUGCCGAGACAAGAGACAAGAAGUAUACAAUCAUAAACCUUUUUAAAACGCCUGGAAUUAGAAAGCUAUCUAUUUGUUCUGGGAUAAUGUGGUUUGGAGUCGCAUUUACAUACUAUGGAAUAAGUCUGAACAUCACCGGCUUUGGACUGAAUCCUUACCUCACACAGUUUAUUUUUGCGUCUAUUGAGAUGCCUAUGAAGAUUGGUGUUUAUUACUUCUUAGAAAAAAUUGGUCGGAAACCUGGACAAAUCCUGGCGCUGCUCGCUACCGGGCUUUGUCUCUUUAUCAACAUAUUUAUUACACAAGAUAAAUGGCUUGUUCGCACUGUUGUGGGUGUUCUUGGGAAGGCUAUGUCUGAAGCUGCAUUUACAAUUGCAUAUCUUUAUACUACUGAAAUCUAUCCCACAGUUGUCAGGCAAAAUGGUCUGGGAUACACGUCCUUUAUGGCACGUAUGGGCGUGUCCAUCUCUCCUCUCAUCAUGCUAUUGGAGGAUGUGUGGCAGCUCCUCCCAUCGAUCAUAUACUGUGCAGUGGCGAUCACCGCUGGUCUUGUGACCUUCUUUCUACGUGAAACAUUGAACCAGAGACUCCCACAAUAUAUUGAGGAUAUUGAGACACCAAGUGGUAAAUCGGCUGAAGAAAACUAA